CGAGCGUACUGUCACAGAAUUGGCGUUUGAGGCUACGUGAGAUUGCUGCGAGUGGAUUUAAGAAUCCCGCGUGGUGGGAAUUCUGUGACUUGAGAUGUGGUUUGUGAUGCCGGCUUCCUAGAAUAAGGCCACUCCUAUAAAGGAAAAAAGUAGGUCUCAAGCCCGGAAAUUCAUCCUUGCUAAGGAUACCCUUGAUGAGACACCAUUACCAGGAUUUCAGGACAGAUCCUAAAUGUGGUGGCCACUUCCUAAAAGCUGUUAAAAAUGACCAAGUCCCAGGGCUUAUUGUCAUUCAAUGAUGUGGCUGUGGAUUUCACCUGGGAAGAGUGGCAGCUGCUAGACACUGUUCAGAAGAACCUCUACCGGGAUGUGAUGUUGGAAAAUUAUAGCAACCUAAUGUCAUUGGGUUAUCAAGUUACCAAGCCAGAACCAGUGAUGCACUUGGAGAAAGGAAAAGAAAAAGAAAAAGCAGUAGUAGAGAGGGAAUUCCCAAGUCAGUGUGGUCCAGAAGUAAUGUGGCAAGUUUAUGAUUGGCAUCGGGAAGAUAACGGGAAGGGUGGACCUGUGGAGAGAGACCAUGAAAACAAUGCAUUGGGAAAAAUAUUUCCUUUGAGCAAAAACUUUGUUUCAUUUACACAAAGACCCCAUAAAUGUGUCUCAAGAGGAAUAAGUUUGAAACAAAAUUCAGACCCAAGUUAUCAGAGUAAAAGCUAUGCAGAAAUGAACUCUGAUGAGUUAAAUGGUUAUGGGAAGUCAUUUUUCCAUACUCUACAUGAAACCUCCCACCCUCGAGCCCAGUACUAUGAACAUAAUUUAUGUGUGAGGUCUUUCAGCACAGUAACAAAUCUUAAAAGACAUCACAGAAUUCACACAGAAGGGAAACCUUACGAAUGCAGUGAAUGUCCCAGAUCCUUCAGGUAUAAGUCAAAGCUCAUAAUACACCAGAGAACCCAUACAGGAGAGAAGCCAUACAGAUGCAGUGAAUGUCAGAAAGGUUUCAGUACAAAAUGUCAUCUCACUCUGCACCAGAGAACUCAUACAGGAGAGAAACCGUAUGAAUGUAUCGAGUGUCAGAAAUCCUUUAGAACAAAAUAUCAUCUCAUUCUACACCAUAGGACUCAUACAGGAGAGAAACCCUAUGAAUGCAAAGAAUGUGGAAAAGCUUACAGGGAAAAGACGAAGCUCAGAUUACAUUACAGAACACAUACAGGAGAGAAACCUUUUGAGUGUAGUGAUUGUGGGAAAGGUUUUAUGCAAAAGUCAAACCUGAUUAUCCAUCAAAGAAUCCAUACAGGAGAGAAACCUUAUGGAUGUAAAGAAUGUGGAAAGGCCUUCUGUAGUAAGUCUCAGCUUGUUGUUCACCAGCGAAAUCAUACAGGAGAAAAAUCCUAUGAAUGCAGGGAAUGUGGAAAAGCCUUCAAUAAAAACUUACACCUCAUAACACAUCAGAAAAUUCAUAUCAGAGAGAAACCUUAUGAAUGCAGUGAAUGUGGAAAAGCUUUUGUACACACAUCACAGCUCAUUCUACAUCAGAGAAAUCAUACAGCAAGAACACCUUAUGAAUGUGAGGGAUGCGGGAAAGCCUUUAAUAAAAAGUCACACUUCAUAACCCAUCAGAGAAUUCAUACGGGAGAGAAGCCUUAUGAAUGCAGUGAAUGUGGGAAGGCUUUUAUAGACAAGUCACAGCUUAUUGUUCAUAGAAGAACUCAUACGGGAGAGAAACCUUAUGAAUGCAAGGAAUGUGGGAAAGCCUUUAAUAAAAAGUCAUCCCUCAUAACACAUCAGAGAAUUCAUACGGGAGAGAAACCUUAUGAAUGCAGUGAAUGUGGAAAAGCUUUUAUAGACAAGUCCCACCUCAUUGUCCAUCAGAGAACUCAUACAGGAGAGAGACCCUAUGAAUGCAGUGAAUGUGGAAAAGCUUUCAUACGAAAGGCAAUGCUCAUUGUCCAUCAGAGGACACAUACAGGAGAGAAACCCUUCGUAUGCCUUGAAUGCCAAAAAGCCUUUAGCAGUAUGGCAAUGCUCAGUAGACAUCAGUUGAUUCAUACAGGAGAGAAACCCCAUGGAUGCAGUGAAUGUGGGAAGGCUUUCCGCCAAAAAAGCCAUCUUAUUAUCCAUCAACGAUGCCAUACUGGAGAGAAACCCUAUGGAUGCAUUCCAUGUGGUCAAAUCUUCAACCAGAAGUCACAGCUCAUUAGACAUCAGAGACAUCACACAGGAGAGAAACCAUAUCAGUGCACUCAAUGUGGGAAAGCCUUUUUUGAGAAAUCAUACCUCAGUGUCCAUCAGAGAAGUCAUGCAGGGCAGAAACCUUAUCAAUGUGGUGAGUGUGGGAAAACUUUCUCUGUCAAGUUCUUUCUCACUUCACAUGAGGAAAUUCAUACAUGAAAACAAUCCCAGGAACACAGCACUGGGAAGACUUUAGUGAGAUGCCAGAUCUCCCUGAAGAUAAGAAAAUUCACACGAGAGUCACCCUAUGAAUGCAGGGAAAGUUAGGGUACUUUUCCAUUAAUUUUGGCCUUUGUAAGUUUCAAAACUUACCCAGAAGAGAAAUUUUUUAAAUGCAGUGAAUAUAGGAAAAUUAUCUACUACCAAUGUAGCCUCAUAUUUCAUGAGAAAAAAGGCAGUAUGAAUGAAAAGUUGAAAUCUCUUCUUGAGAAGAGAUCCCAUUAUACAUCGCACAAAAUGAAACCUUUGGGUACAACAAAUGUUUUUGAUAGGCUAUCGUAAAGUAGCCAGUUUUCACUGUGGAAAAAAAUCUCACAAAUAUUGUGAAUUCUUGAGUAGCUUCCAAACAAAUGAGUUUUCAUACCAAGGAAUACAGAUGGCUGAAGACUUGUGAUAAGGGAUGCCUCUGGCAUGAAGUCCAAACUUAUCAUGCAUCAGAUAAUAUUUUUUUAAGGAGAAUUAGUAGAGUGUAAUGAUGGUGGGAAAGUUUAUUUACAUAUAAACAACUUUAUAAUAAAAAUUUUGAUCAUCGUAUUACCAUGUAUUUAUAGAAAAUGUAACACAAAGUAGUCAGUUAGGAAGAGCAGAUAACUUUAGCAUGCCAAAGGACACUUUGUUUCAUGUUUGAAUAUAUUGCAUAGUCAAAGAAGUAAAUUAAGAAAGGUCCCAGAUGUAUGUAUUUGCUUUGUAUCUGAGUAUUUUUGUAGAACAUGUAUAUGAUGAUUUUCAAAUUUCACAAGGUAUUGAAAGUUGUGUACCACGAAAUUCUUGUUCCAGUUUGUAUGUCUAAUAUCUACCAAAAAUGUCAACAUAGUGAAAUAUAUAAAUCACAAGGGAAGUAAUUCAGCUUAACAUUAAAGAAGACUAUAACACCA